AUGCGCAGAAAUGAGGCUUUGCACCGCUUAACUCAGGAACACAACCAAAUAGCUGUGUUUGUGAUUGAAGACUGGAAUGGAGUUGAAAAAUACGCCCAGUACAAUAACUUCAAAGUAUCGUCGGAAAAAGACAAGUAUCGACUGACAGCCACAGGAUAUAGCGGUACCGCAGGUGAUUCCCUAUACAGCCAUAAUGGACAGCAAUUUUCGACCAAAGACAAUGACAAUGAUGAGAAACGUGAUGGCUCUUGCUCCGAAGAAUACGAAUGGACGGGCUUCUGGUUUCACCAGUGCCUUUCAAGUAAUAUCAACGGAAUGUAUCUGAUGGGAGGUGUCACCACUCCCAACGCCUUAGUAUGGUAUUCCUUUUCUGGACAGUUUCGGCCAAUGAGAAAGUCGAGAAUGAUGCUACGACCCUCUCCGUAGUUAUUAGUUAGAUACUGAAUGCAAAUAUUCACCGUACCAUAGACCAUGGUAAACUCAAUAAAUUGUUUGGUAUUAUUUGAUGGAACGUUUUCCAUAACUUCAUGAAAUCAACCAUCGUUAUGAUUUUUUUUCUGUUCUGAUUUUGAGUUGGAAAUUCAUGCAUGUCAAUACAGACAGACAUACAACGCCGAAAAUUUGACAAAAGCAGACUUAACUUCCGUUUGCGUCAGAUCAGCAUUUUGUCUCUUUGUAACGUAUAUGACUGAUAUCAAGUCACAGGUGCAUGCAAGGAUGUGAACAGAUUUUACUCUACAUAGACCGGUUCACAAGCGUCUUAACACAAUGUUUGUGACGUUCAUGAGGUUACGUAAUAUCCAAAGUCUUAUAUGAUAGUUUUAACAAAAAAAAAAUCAUACUUGGCAUCAAUAUCUUCGUUUUUUAAUAUACAGUGCAUCAUUAAUUGUAAUAUGGCUGGAGUGUUUGCUUAAUUUUCAUUGGCCAAUUCCUGUUUUCAUCACAAGAACUUAUCAGCGAGUAGACCUGUUCGUGCUAAAAUAGCUCAGGUGGGGAAAUUCCCAUUGCAUUGCGGACAUGUUCGUGCUAUUUAUAACACGACCGGUCGGCAAUCCUUGUCUCCAAUGACGCGUCGUGUUAUUUAUGUAUAUUAUUAAUACUGUAACACAAUAUUACCAGGUUUGGAACUUUCCUGGCGACAGUAGCCACAGUGGAAAUCUAAUGAUGUAUGACUUUAUGAAACAAAUAUAACACUGUUUCAUACCCACCGCACAUAUGCGUUCGUUUGUAUGUGAACUGUAACAUACAUUGUAUUAACAUCCUGUUUCAUUUCGUUUAAUUACGUAUUAUUGAAGUUUAUCACAACUCAUAUCACAGACAUUGUUACGCUUGUGAUGUGCAGUCACCGUUGUAGUAAUCAAUAACCUCUGUACACCUCUUGCAUCAUUAUCAGAUUUAAGUUGUUAUGAAAAUAACAAUAUUCAUGUGUGUUGGCGUCCAUGUUUGCAUCCAUUUAGACUGUGACUUUGAUGAAUUCCCCAUUUGGGAACUUUGCCCUCUAAGACCAAAAAGUACGCGAAUAGUUUGUAUGUUUUAGGCCGCAUCAUCGUGGAUUCGAAGGGCGAGAUUGCAAGUUUUUUUUCUGUUUUAUCUUUUUAUGUGUGAUUAUAUUUCAUUAUAUUAUUAUCUUGUACAUUAAGCAUAAUAUAUACAACAUGUCAAUUAUCAAA